AUGGGCAAAUGGACUCUCGAGUAUCAUGACGACGUCUUCACACACAAGAUGAAGACAUUAGUUGCUGGAGCUUGUAAACGUCUCAGCUUGGAGAAAGGGGAGCCCGUGAUCAGUUACGAAACCUUAGUGGAGGACCUUGACACGUCGGACGCGUUCACGGCAACCAUGAUAGAGGUGUUGGUCAAGGAACUUGCGGAUCGUCGUGAACGGCGCAGUCGCGCGGAUCAUCGCCUAAUUGCUGAGCGUACCGCUACCACCUUGCGCGCUUUGGGAUCGCCACAUUGCAUUCACCGUCCUUCUGGUCAUCUGCGACAUAGCCACCUGUCCACGGGCGGCCUCCUUACCGAAUACCUCACGGACCCCCCAGAGGAAAUGGGAAUGGAUGACGAAGACGAAGGAGAGGACUUCGGUUCUAUCCUUGAUGGUGCCACCAACACUACUUCCGCGCUCUACGAUGCUAUGAGCCAGGAGCCGAGCCGCUCAACUGGACCUCCCCGCUCAGGCUCAGCAUCGACACGCUCGAAUCUCCACCCAUCACUACCAAGGCCACGCAGCACAUGGGCUCUGGGUUCGUCGAGAAGUCUAUCAACGAGCCUCACCCGACAGACAUCCCUUCGACGCAAUUCUCGGAAUCGACCAUUCGAGUUCGAGGCCCAUAGUCUCCAGCGCCGCCACGAGUCUCGGGAAUUUGAGGCAGAGCGCAAUCAUUUAUCUGAACCUUCCAAUUCCGACAGGUCGUCCUAUGCAUCUCGUACGAGGCUUUCACCUGCUGGGAGACCUUCCCCGUUCAGCAGAUCCCAGCGAUCUGAGGAGGUUAAUACAUCCGAUGACCCGCCUAGCAUGCGGACAACCGCUUUGCAUGAUGCGGAGAUCCAGUCAGGUACCGGCCACGAAGCCUCAUCUUCACGACCCAGUCUGUAUCAACAAUCACUUCCGUCUAUCCACACCAUGUUGACUCGUCCGGCGAAUCUUUCUUCAGGCAGUAGCGCGCCGCGCCUCCGGAGAGGUGGUCUUCGCGCACCGGAGUCGCUCGCGACAUCGCUACCACCGCGACGCUCCUUCGAGACGCAGUGGUCGGAAAGCACGGCUGAACUGCCCGUCCACGAGACGCCAUCAACGAGCGUGACCAACGCAUCGCAAACCGCGCCUGACACUCAUUAUGCUCUUGUUACUCCUCCUGCGGACUUCUAA